GGCCGUUAAUCUAUUGGUGAAUGGUAAACCAUUCUACUUCCUCCUUGAUUCUUAAAAAGACUGUUAACAUUCGGACUGUAAUAUCGUAUCGCUAAACGUAGAUAUACGCUUUAGGAUAUAAUCUGGCUCCGUGUCUCUGAUGGAGGCCUGUAUUAAAGUAACUUGGGCUUUCCUGCUACUGAUAGCGCAUCAAACCAGCGUUGCCAAGGGUGAUCUAGCGCCCACGUGGGACUAUUGUAACUGUCGCUGGGAGGUGUGGGAAGCCUGGAGUGACUGUAACAGCGACUGCUUUGGACGACGGGUUCGAACUCGUUCUGUAUGGUUGACAGAGUACGCUGGAUGCGACGAGUUCACUGAUUGUGCAACCAAUGACGAAGGUUCUGAUUGGCAGGAUUGUAACAAUGUCUGUCACAAUGGGGGCGUGGCUUCAGGAUUCUCGUUCCCGCCGUGCACGUGUCAGGCUGGAUACACUAGUUCAUGUUGUACAGAGAGAGUGAAUUGCGGCGACCCAGCAUCUAUAACCGAUGGCACAGUGACAGUAUCGUCGACAUACUACGGUGGCACAGCCACUUACACUUGCAGUACUCACUACAACAUGACCGGUGGAGACAGUGUUAGGCAGUGUCAGAACAACUUCGCAUGGAGUGGCAGCCAACCUAGUUGUGUCUUUGCUAAUCACUGCGGGAGCGCACCCUGUCAAAACGGAGCCACAUGUGUAAACCUACUCGGUGACUUCCGGUGCGACUGUCUACAGGGGUGGAGUGGACAACUUUGUGAAAAUGACAUCCAACCGCCCUUGAUGACAGGCUGCAGUGCUGAUGUCUACAAAAAUGCUACUGACAAUACUGUAUGGUAUAACUGGACCGCGCCCUCAUUUACCGACCCUAUGGGCUCCCACCUUGACAUUGUCUAUAACUACCCUAGUCCAGAAUUCACAUUUCCUUGGGGAGAUCAUACGGUACAAUAUGUAGCAACCAAAGUAUCAAACGGACUAGUCACAGAGUGUUCCUUCAAGAUUAAAGUAAGACCGACUCCUUGUCAAGAACUGAACAUUCCUGUCAAUGGCGCCCGGUUAUGUAACGGCUGGCAGACGGAAUACGGUCAGUUAUGUAUGCUUACAUGUCAACAAAACUAUACAAUUGACCCCGCUCAAAGUUACUACACAUGGUAUGUGUGUGGCGCCUCCGGCACAUGGAUUGCUGCAAGUCCAGUCCCAGAUUGUGAAGUUGAUGUCGAGUCUGACGAGGAAGCUGCGUAUUAUCAGCCGGAGUACUCUAACUAUGUCUACACGUCAACUUGCAACAAUGACGUCACCAAGAAUUCAUUACAAAAUCUUUACAUUGACAACUUGAAAGGAACAGAAGGAUUUUCUUCAUUUUGUACAAAUUACGCAUCUGAAUGUCUCAAAGAGAAUGUGGAUGUUCGGUGUUGAAACAUCUUUGGCACACAGUCCCGAUUGGAACUCGAAAAUAUAAUGUUGCCUGCAUUGUUUAUUUCUGCUUUGCCUGAAUUCUCAAUUUAAGUUAACUAUACGUAAAUAUUUCUAUAGAAUUGGUGUGCAAUAUGCAAUAUGCAGUACGAGGCUACAGAGUUCAAGACGAAUCAUAUAAAUUUUAACAGUUUACAGAAUAGGGUAUUUUUAUGAGAGUGCUGUUUACUUUGUCCGCAACGGAGUUCAUGACUGUAAGGGAUGGGUGUGUUCCUUGGUGGGGAACUUUGUCACUAUGGUGUUAAUUUGACACCAGUAAUCUCUUGAAUUGAAACAGACUAAGUCACUUGUUUUUAUGGCACUUGAAUAUUUACAUAUUGUAGAAAAUGAAUUAUACAGCUAUGGUUAAACGGUCACAAAGAUCAUUUAACAUAAACAUUUUAAAAUAUCUUACGGGCUCGGUAAAUUCUUCAAAGCCUUAUUUAUUUGACAGUUGACCGCCGGAAACCAUUUUUUAACCUUCCGACCUAAAUAAUGUAAUAACUGAGUUAUAUUUAGUAAUGAGGUAUCUCACUCGAAACACCUUUCAUUGGUCUGACCUUUCAUGUAUUUUUAAUUUUUUUGAGUAUAAGAUUUUAUGGUUUUGCUUGUUAGUUGAGAUAAGAAUUCAUUGACUUAAAAUUGAAAAUAUUCUUGUCCGUUGUGUUUUAAUGUUGCCGAUUGACACAAAAGCAAAAUUUAUGAAAAUAUUUUACUGAUUUCGAACUAUUUUACAUUGACUAAACAGACUAUUAUGUCCUAUAUAAUUUCGAUGUAAACCAAAAACUUUCAAACUGAAUAAAAAUACAUUUACCACA